AUGUCGGACACUCCGGAUAACCCAGAGCAGCCAAAAACUGAGGCAAAUCAAGACAUUCCGGCUUCCGUGGAGCUCAUAUCUGGCCAAGAACUCAGUCUAUGGGGUCACGCCAUUCAAUACGUCGAGGGAAUCGAUUUGGAAGCGAUCGAGCUGGAGACGAACCUGUAUCCCGUGGACAAAUGGCAUAGGAAGAACUUGAAACUGCUCUCGAAAGCUAUGUACUCCGAGACGAAGAAAAGUCAGUCUUCUUUUUUUUUCUAGAACUUGAAAACAAAGUUUGAAGAAGUCCUUCUUCCACCAAGACAUUCGGCGGCCUGGAAACGUGUGAAGUUGUCCGAACAUAAUAAGAAGUUCAGAAAGCUCUUUCAGUUGGUCAGUUUGAUUGUAUUUUCCAGAACUCGAAAAAUUAUUGAUUUAUUCGAUUUUCUUCCAAAGUUCAGUUAAGCCUUAACCAUCAAACUUUUUUUUUCCAUAUAUAUAGGGACCGCAAGUCAUUCCUUCAGAACCAUUAAAAAAAAAUGUUUUUCACACUAUUCGAUAGAGGAGACUGUCAAUUUUCAUAAUCUGUUUAGUUUUUGAAAAAAGGUCCACUAAGAAAAAAGUUAUGGCCAGAAAACGAGCGCGCGCGGCGUACAACUGGAGGCAAAAUCUCACGGUUUACCCGCUGCCGCACGCUUUCUUUUUAAAUGUUUUUGCACGUUUCUGAACCGUUUUCGAAUCGGUUUUCUGUUCUGAGAGGUUGUCAGAACUGAGCUCAAUGUCUUGGUAUGAAAUUUUUGUACAAUCCUCAUAAGAAUUUUUGAUAAAGCAUCGAAAAAAACUACCUAGAAAUAAGGUAAAGGGAUUUUUUUCAGCUUAUUUUUCUUUUUUCUAAUCAGAAAAACUAUUAUCAUUCGAUUCGGAAAAAAGAAAAAAUGAAAAAUGAUGUUAAUUCGAAAUAAAACAAGAAAAAAGUGCAAUUUGACUCCGAAAAUCGGCUCCUGCAACAUUUAAAAAAGCGCAUCGAUGUGUUUGACGCAAACACAGCUACGGACAUUUGUGCGAAUUCUCCCGAAUUUCAUGCCAUUUUUUUCGAGGUUUUCCAAGCCGUUAUUUUUUUCGCGUCGAUCGAUUUUUUUCAUAAUUUUUUUCAUUGAUAGAGUUUUUGAACGCUUAAUAACAUAAUCAAAAAGUAUAGACGCGAUCCUAUUCUCUCAUGCGUCAACGAGGCAGACGAAAAAAGGAGGUUUUGGUAAAAUUCAAAUAUAAUUUGAUUCGCUGUCCCAAUAUUUUUUUCCAUUUCGAAUUUUUAUUUCUGGAUACAUUCUUAGUUAUUAAAUCAAAUAAAAAGUAUACCAUGCCGCUGAAAUUUUUUCGCAUUUCAGCUUCAAAGUCUGGUGUCCCUUUACAAGCUUCGAUAUUUUUUUCACGUCGGUAGACUUUUUUUAAUUCACACUCAAAAGAUAAAGAAAGUGUUAAUGUAUAACAUACUCAAAAUUUAGAAGCGUUCCUCACUUGGUUUUCAGAAACGCGACGAUUUUGUGAAACUUGUCAGUUUUUUUCGAAUUAAACCUCACUUUUUCGCUUAUUUAUGAAAAAUAAAUAGUUUCAAAGAUGUUCAGUCUUAUAGAGCGUUGUCGAAUACAUAGGUUAUCAGGAACAGUUUAUUUUUAAGGUGAAACUUUAGCCAGGUAAAACGCCUCAAAACCGUUUUUGCAACAAAAAAAUCUUCAUUUUGGUGGCGUGAAGGGGCGGGGCUUUGCGCUCCCUCCAUAUAUAUGUUCUUACAGUUUUGAUUUUAUGAUUUCUAUCGUUAGGGCUUGCAUUAAUCUGCAAAAUUUUUUGUUAGAACUGCAUAGCUUUUUUCCGGUUUUCAUAAAGGAUGCAGCUGCGCGCAAACAGUUUUUCGUCCGGAACAAAAAAAAAGAAGUUUAUCAGGUUCAAACAGUCGGCGAGAGGCACUUAUUUCAACAGACGGUUAUCGACUCCCUUUCUGACCACGUGGAAAAUUUCAAUCGCGAUGUUCAGUCGGCGAUCGAUGUGAGUUGGCCUCUAUAGAGGCUGGUAGAGUGGUCCCUAAAUGAGACCCUUCAAGGGCCCUGGCUGCCUCCGUAGGGACCACUUUGAAGUUUCUAAACCCCUUGUCAAGUUUGCAAAGCCCGUUUCCCACGACUAGAAAGGCCGGGACUUCUCUGGGCCCUCCUGGUCUCUCAGCGACACUAUCUUGCUGAACGAUUAUUUUCAUGUCUCUCUUGUCUCGCCGGCGAGGGAGCAGAGAGACUUCAAGUCACGGCUGACGGACUGUACAAAUCGAAAAGCUUUCUCGAGACCUUUUACAUAUCUUCUGAUUCAGGGAGGAGAUCUCAUCGAGAUAGAUAAAAUGUUCCGGCGGCAAGUUGUCAAAUGCGUCGUCUUGAACAUCGCCAGAAAAUAUUUUUGGAGCGUCACCAUGUAG